CGGCCAGGCCUUCCGCCGGCGGCCGGAAGCGGCGGGCGCGCGGGGCAGCAAUGGCGGCGCCCUCGGCCCCGCCGGCCGCCGCCGCCCUCACGGUGCUGCUGUCGGUCGGGGCCUCCGCGCCCGGGCUGCUGCGGGGUGUCCCCGCCGCCCGCUCCGCCGCCGCGCUGCGCCCCGCAGCCCUGCAGGACGGGGAAGUUCACAGGCUGAUCACCUACAUCUUCAUCUACGAGGACCUGAUCUCGCUGGCCUGUGGCGCUGUCAUCACCUGGUACUUUGCUGGCAGCUUUGAGAGGAACGUGGGCACAGCCAAGCACUGCGUCCUCACCGCCGCCUUCUCUGUGCUCUCUGCCCUGCUCUUCCUCCUCCUCCAGCCCCUCCUCUCCGGGCUGCUGGAAGUGGGAGAUGCCCAGGGGUUCCUGCCCGUGGCUUUUGCCAUGCUGGGCGUUUCCACCACGCGCUCCCGCAUGAGGAAGACUCUGUUUUUUGGGUGCAGAGUUCCCGUGGUGCUGGUGCCGUGGCUUGGGCUCUGCGUAGCGUGGUUUGUGCCCCGCUCCUCCCUCUUGGGGAACCUCUGUGGGCUGCUGGUUGGGGAAGCCUGUGGUCUUGGCUACUGUUUCUGCUUGGAUUUUCCAGAGUCACUGGGCUCUAAGCUGGACCGGGUGUUCCCUUUCACUCUGCUGAAGAGGAUACCAGGGCUGAAAUACAUCCCAGGGUCCUUAGCAGAGAGAAGAGCCUCUGGAAACAGCACGAUUAACCCUGUGCCUGGCACUUACCCCACCCAGAGCUACCACUGCCCUUCGCCCGUGGCUCUUCCUGCUCAUCCCAGUGCUCAGAGCCAGGGCUUUCAUCACAGCCACGCUCUGGGACCCCAAGGACCUCAGCAGGGCCAUGCAGCAGGACACAGCCUCGGCUCUUCCCACUGCCAGCCCAGAGUUGCCUUUGGAGAGUGUCCUGGGCAGGCCCACACCGGAGCUUUGCCUGGACAGUGCUGCCAGCUGGGCAAAGUCCCCGUCCCCCAGCCUGUGUGCCCGCCUCAGCCACAGCAGCCUGCAGCCACGGGCCUUGUGGCUGGUGCUCAGCAAGCACCAGGGUGUGCAGCAGCCCCAGUGGCCCCUGUUUCAGCUGAAUUUACCAGAGUCCAGGUGUACUGAUCCUCCAGAGAGCAGCAGCACUCACACAGGGGCAGGACCACUGUGAAGGCCAUUCCCCUGCUUCUGGCAUAGUCUACUUGAAUUAUAUUUCCUUUAUAAUUUUUUUUUUUACUUUUUGAUAUGGCUGGAGGAUGGGAACUGUACCACCUCUGUGAACUUCUCAUCCUUUUAAAGCUGCAUUUAGCAGCUGCCUUUUUCCACAAGUCCACGGGAGUUUCAGUGCACCAGCUCCCAGGCCAAGGUAGGUAGGGACCUCACUGGAAAACACUGAGCAAAUCUGGGCUUUAACUAAGCUGCAGCAAUAAGCAAUUCCCAUUUACAUUCCUGCCUUUUUUACAGGUGGGAUGUAGCUAGAACCCAAAAGGAGAGGGAAUCACAGGAGCCUUAGUUUGUAACUUAAAUGGAGGAGAACAGAUGUCUGUCCUACUGGUGACAUGUCCACUAAGAGAGUGUCUUGAAGGGGGCUUGUUACACCAACCUGGGGCAAGAGGAUAGAAUACAGAAUACCUUCUUCUGCCCCAAAACAAGCUCUAAAAUGCUGAGGUCCUGUGUCUGCAUCAAUGGAUUGCCUUCAUUUUCUGAGGGCAUUGCACCAGCUCAGCCUGUGUCACCAGCACUUGAAAAGGCAACCUCAAAUGCCUGUGAAGUAGUGAGAGACUUUCCAGGAAGGAAUUUUGGUCCUUUGUGGAGCAAAUGUUUAGAAAUCCAAGGAGCUGGGAGGGACCUUAACAAUGGGGUAGAAGAAUUAAGUGGAAUGUAGCAGUGAUGUUGAGGGUGUUCAUGCUGCUCAGCUUUAGAAAUCUCACCCACUAAUAUUAGCACAAUCUCUCUCUGUUUUUUUGCAGAGCUGGUGGGCAGGUGUGUGGGAGAGGGGUGUUUUCAGCCAGGGAUUUGCAAUAGGAUGCACUGCUUGGUUCCUGAGGCUGUAAGGAAGGAGUUUGGUCCAGCUGCUGGGAUUUGAGCUUUAUUCCCAGCUGUGUAGCCCACUGUACAGUGCUCAGGAGGAAUCUGCUGGCUCUGUAUGUGUAAAUCAGCCAGGAUCUCAACAAUUGCCCUUGACUCCACUGGGAGUUUUGCUGUGCUCCAUAAAAAAGUGCUCCAUGAAGCACAAAGUGCCAUUUUUGCUCUUGGAGAUGUUCUUGCAGUGCCUCACCCCAUCCUCAGAAAUUCAACAGCCUCGGGGCUCCUCCCUGCUCUGGGUGAGCCUGGCCAGAGGCAGCUCUGGCAGCAGCACAAGUCCCUGCCUCUUUCAUUUUUCCAUCAUCAGGGUCUGAAGAAGGCCAUGUUGUCAUGCAGCUGCUUUACUUCUCCAGCAGCCCCUCUGGAAUGAAUGCCACGGUCCCAUGUGGGAUGCAGGGGUUUCCUUUUGGUGGAGACCAAAGCAAUGCUGAGAACUUGCACCUCAGAUCAGUAAGGCACGAGUAAGAAGCUGUUCCCAUGAAUGUGAGCACCCCAGGCAGGGCUUUCAGCAGGAGGAUGCAGCAACUUGGGAACCAGCUUGGAGUUAGGGGACAACUCUGUCUCAUACCUGAUUAUUUCACUCCUCUGUGGGAUCACAAAUGGACUCGAUUUCAUGUUUUUCCUGCUGACAGCAAUUGCAUUGUUGUAUUUUUAGUGUGGAGCAAGAGCAGGAUAAGGAGUUUGUUUGGAAUUUAAAAGCAUGUUUGUAAUACCAGGAAAGAAAUGCUAGAGAUAACAUUGAAAUGUUGAUACUCCACUCCCAUUAGUGCCUUGUGAAAUCCUUGCCUGUAAACUUUAGGAAUUUUAUCACUGAUUUUUUUUCCAGAAGGAUGAUGAGGAUCGAUAGCAAUCACAAGUGUUGUGUAUCUCCAAACUGUGAACUCGAAAUAGAAUCUGAAAGACGGA